AUGGACAACGAAGAACAGCAUCAAUCGGUGAAGACCGAGUCCCUCCUCCCUAUCCUGAACGCCGACAACUACUCAUCUUGGUACGGACGCAUGAAGGUUCACCUGAGAGGAAAGGACCUCUGGAACGUCUGCAUCACCAAGAUGGUUCUUGAUCGUGAGCCACCUCCAACUCUUACGGUGUAA